AUGACCGAGGAUCUGCGGCCACCGACGCUGGCGACGCUGGACGAGCGCCCGCCCAUGGAGGAUGACGUCCUGCGUAGCAUCCUCAUCGACCUUGACGCCCCCGAGACCAUGGACCAAGCCUUCCUCGCCUACGAUGCGCUCCUUGGCCAGGAUCGCUCGAUGGAGGCCGAGAUAUCGGUCGUUGUCAUGAAGACGCUGCUUGCAAAGGUUGUCUCGGCAGACGAUUGUCCCACAGACAUGCAGCAGCGCCUCGGAGACUUUGCUCUGCAGACGUACUCUCAGUCGCGACCAGGCGUGGACGUACGCCACCUGAGCUUCAUCAGCUCCACGUUCCACGAUACCCACACGCUCUUCACCAUGACCCAAGAGAACGACCCGCGACGCCUCUUCCUCGUCCAGCUCUGCAGCACGCUCUCCGAGUACUACUUCAACCGGACGCCCCCUGCCGACGACGACCCCGAUACAAUCGCAUCGAUCGCGUACUGCCGCGACGCCUGGCUGCGCUUCCUGGCCUUUGCCCGCGUGGACACACCCACGCCAGAUCUUGCGCUCAUGGCUUGCAUCUGGAAGACCGUCACACGUCUCUGUACGAUGUAUCGCAGCGUCUUUGCCAAGACCGAAGCCGGUCUUCCAGCGUCGCUGUAUCGCACUCUUGAAGCAUCAGUCGAGAGCCAAGUCGCUUGCCUCAGUACACAACUCGGUCAGCUCGAGAUCGCCACAUCCAUCAACUUGACCAAGACGCUGCGACUUCUCCUGAAAGCCUACGCCGGCCUCUUUGGCUGCUUUGCUGACUCUCUCGGCCCGGACGAGUACAACGACCGUCUCGACUUUCUCAGCAAGGUCUCAGGCAACAUCUUCGAGAUGCAGUUGCGUCUUGGCCAGCACCACGCUGAGAUUUACCGCAUGGCCGAUGUUCUCCGGGCCGACGCGAUGACGGUCCUCAGUAAAGUGCUCGGCCAAGCUCGACUGGCUCACGCGCCCCUCAAGCCGUGGUGCCGUGUCCAGCUCGAGUCCAGCCUUGCAUCGACGACGGCAGAUCUGACAUGUUUCUUUCGCAUCUGCAUCUUGCUCAAGUCGCACACGCUUCUAAUCGAGCGACCCGAACUCAGUGUCGUGAGCCAGUUCCCGGAACCGCGCGACAACCGCGUGGCACUGCUUGAUCUUCUUGCGAGCAUCUUUGACGUUCUCAGUCCCACCCAACAAACGCACUGUUUGAGUGGCGCCGUUGCGACAUUUGAAGGACUUUGCGGCGAUGGGCCCGAGCACCACGUGACGCCAGCGUUUCUGGCUCACAUUGACAUGCUCGAGCACUUGCUGCGCACGACGGCGGGCCAGGCGCACGCAGCGAGCGUGGCUUUUGUGGCGACGCACUUGUCGGUGUCCAUGGAGUGCUUUGGAACGGCUGUCGAUAUCCUUGCGGACGGCACUGACGGCGAGCUCGAGAACGCUUUCUGGCGCAUCGUCGACGCGACACUUCUCGUGUGCGCCAACAUCCUCUUGGGCACUGACGACGUCGCCCAUGUCCACCACGAGAUGAUUGUUGACGCAUCGUCUUGGAUGCAGCCGCUCCUCAUCAAGCUUGUGGAACUUCUCGCGCGCCAGCCGCCGCAGGCAGAGGACGCUUUUCACCGCGUGCUCUGCAAUGCGCUGGAGCUUAUCCGGGUGCUGCAUCCGGCGCUCAAGACAAACACCAACAACUACUACCUCGCGCUGCUGCAGCACGUGCAGCAACUUGCAGCGGCGCAUGCUACCGCGCACGUUCUCGUUGCGCACUUUAUGCACUUUCUCGCUGACGUCCAGGUCCCAAGCGAUGCGCCAAACGACCACAAAAUGGUUGGCGAUGCUCUCUGCGCGAUCUUUUCGUCGCUGCUUCAGUACCCGUCUCCAUGGCCUGUCGUCGCGACGGCGUUGUGCGGGCUGCAUAAGUUCCUCGCUACGUCCAACGUCGCCGACCCCCACACCGUGUCCAUUCACGAACUUUUGCUGCGGUACUCGCUGACGCUGCACGACUUUUUUGCUAUCGUGGUCGAUCCGCCCUCGCACGACCUCGUCGACCGAGUCGAGCUUUUGAUGCACCAACAGGACAGUGUCUUUGAGAAAAGUCGACCGACGCGCCAUGCUUCCUCGAUCAAGAAGCGGGCGGCAGCAACGAUUGAUGAUCUCCUCGAGACGUGUCACGCGAUCAAGCGCUUGCGAACGACACGCAAAAACGACGCGCAGUCAGACGCAGCGUUCGAACACGCGGCUUCGGCACUUCAGGCCAUUCUUGACCUCCACCACGAUCACUCGUAA